UUUAUAACCCUAAAUCUAACAUGCUCUUCCCCCUUUCCUCAUCUGUGAACAGAGACAUCGAAGAUACAUACUAAACCCUAACAGCCGUCAUGGUGAUGUGCAAGUGUGGUAGAGCAGCAUUGAUGAAGACAUCGAAGACCUCCAAAAACCCUGAACGGAGAUUUUAUACAUGCCCACAAAUGAGAUCAAAAUGUAAGUUCUUUGUGUGGAUUGAUCCUCCUGUGAACUCUCCUCCAUCCCCAGAGUUAGGGUUUCAUAAAGCCCCAAAUCACAGUUCGAGCAUUGAAGUCAGAUUUGAAGAAUUGAAGCAUGAAAUUAGAAGAAAGGAUGCUGCAUUAGUGAUGAGUUGGUGUAUACUUGUUGGCCUUUUAGUGUUAAUCCUUGUAGUUGUUUUGAUCAGUCUUCUCUUGAAGCCUUCAUAAUGUUAUUCCAGUAAUGAUUCAUAAUGUUAGUCCAGUAAUGAAAUGUGAAGGCUGUGUUUUGUUUGUAAUAAAGUGUGUUUUGUUUGUAAUAAAGUGUGUUUUGUUUAUAA